CGUGGACGGCUUCGAACCCGGACUCGAGGAUCGCGCCGCCGCCGCCGCCGCCGCACCCGUCGAUCGCGCCGCCGCCCGCGCAUCCCGUGUCCACCCACCCACCGCGCCCGCUCUCUCCGAGUCGUCCGUCCUUCCUGGUUCUUCCAUACUCCGCUGCCGCUCAGGCCCGUGCCCCUCGCGGAAGAAAGCCAACUUCUCUUCGAAAAUGGUGUACUGUUCUCACUGUGAUGAUGAUUGCCCAUAUGUAAAGGAUCCUGACAACGGGUUCACAUGUUGUGGAAUAUGUGGCAAGGUUAUUGAUCAGGAUAUGUAUACUGACGAGCCUACUUUUGUCAAGGACUCCUCGGGACAGAGCCGGCUUAGUGGACACAUUAUAGGCAUUGCGAAGGGCGGUUCACUAUCCCGUGAAAGAACUGAAGAGAAAGGGAGAGACGAGAUCUGGCAGAUUGUCCAUGGCCUGCAUGUGAGUGGUGGAGAUGAUAUCAUUUGCACUGCUCAUAACUUUUAUAAACUAGCUCUUGACAAUAACUUUACUAGGGGCCGACGAACAAGUCAUGUUGCAGCUUCUUGUCUUUACAUUGCUUGCCGGCGAAGUGAAAAACCCUAUCUUCUUAUUGAUUUCACGGACUAUUUGCAUAUAAGUGUAUAUGUCCUAGGUGCUGUUUUUCUGCAGCUUUGCCAAGUUUUGCUACUCGGAGAACACCCAAUUGUUCAAAAGCUUGUAGAUCCUAGCCUUUUCAUCCACCGUUUUACCGAACGUUUAUUGGGGAAAAGGGACAAUGCUGUCUCGUGCACAGCUUUACGCAUUGUAGCUAGCAUGAAGCGAGACUGGAUGCAGACUGGGAGGAAGCCAAGUGGUUUAUGCGGUGCAGCAUUAUAUAUAGCUGCACUUUCUCAUGGAUAUAUGUACACCAAGGCAGAUAUUGCUGCUGUUGUGCAUGUCUGUGAGGCAACACUAUUUAAGCGCUUGAUAGAGUUUGAAAAUACAGAUUCUGGUAGCUUAACGAUUGAAGAUUUUUUAGCAAAGGCUGAUGAAGAGCCGGUUUCAAAAUGUUUAGCCAAGUCUGGAGAAGUCCUUUGCGAGCACAAGGAUAAGGGUGCUGAGCAUUUUUCUCAUGGACUUUGUGAGGAAUGCUACGACAAUUUCACUGAACUGUCAGGUGGACUGGAGGGUGGUGCUGACCCUCCAGCUUUCCAGCAAGCUGAAAAACAAAGACUGGAUGCUGCUAAAAGAGCCAAGGAAGCUGUGGACGAGGCAAUAUGUGAGUUACAUAAUUCUGAGUUUGAAGAUAACAUCAUGAGCCCUGGGAAGAAGUCUGAAGGCAAAUCUUCGACAAUUGCUUCCAGCCAAAUUGCAAAUGAUUUUGUUGAUUUCAAAGAUUCAGAAGUGGAAGGUGAAAAUGGUAAAACUGGUUCUGAUGCAGAAAAUCUUUCUGAUAUUGAUGAUGCGGAGGUUGACGGGUAUCUUCACAAUGAAGAAGAAACACAAAACAAAAAGAUUAUCUGGGAGGAAAUGAACAAAGAAUACCUAGAGGAACAAGCUGCAAAGGAAGCUUUAGCGGCUGAAUUGGCAGCUAGUGGUGUAUCUGUUGGAGAUGGACGACAGAAGAAACGAAAAUGUAAUGAAGACAAGAACUCCACACCUGCUGAAACACCAGCAGAAGCAACAUACAAUAUGUUGAAACGGAAGGGACUUGGGUCUAAAGUCAACGUUGAAGCUGUGAGUGGAUUGUACAAGAUUGAAGACGAAGAUGGGAAAGCAAAUGGCAAAGAUGACAUGCACUUCGACGAGCAUUAUGAAGAGGAUACUGGUUAUGGUGAAACAUUUGAUGCCAGUUAUGAUUAUGGUCACGAUGCUGAUUACAACAACGAUGGCUAUGUUGAUGACGGUGGUGGUGGAGCCUAUGAGGAUUACCAUGAUGCUGAUUACUAGUAGCAUUCUUCAGCAGAGUGGCAAUCUGAACAACAAGAUCUAUUCAGAAUAUCAAGACAGAACAAAAAAUGUCAUUCCACCUAUAUUCUUCAUCUGCACAAGAUAAUUUUUUAUUUUAUAGGAAAUGAGGUUUCAUUUUACGUAAUUAUAGGGAAACAACUCUGCGUUACGCCCCCCCCUCGUGUGCCUCUCUGAGCAAUUUUUUUUCAGCAUGUGAGGAAAGUGAACAUGGCCAAAAUGUUUAUUUCAAAUGGACAAUGUGAAUUGUGGAGUAAGAUUUCUUAUCGCGCUACUGACCGGAUAUCGAACAUGUCGAUGUUGAGUCGGAUUGUCCCCAGGACCCAGGUGAUUAACAGCAUCAAGGAUGACCUAUGCAUAUG